CUCUGUCUGGCGGCCGAGUCAGCUGACUGCCGCGCGGACCGGCCGGUGCGGCGACACUGGGAGAUAGGAGAGGCGCGGAAGGGGUGUGCAGGGAGGUGCCGAUAUCGUCUCGGCAAGAUGUGGUGCUGGAUACGUUGUCUUACAGACUCCAUUGUCUUCAUAUUAGGGUGGUUUGUCUUGAUCACCGUCAUGAUGAAAAUAAUCUUUGGGCCCACUCGUGUUCAGCAGCUCAGAGAUAAGGUAUUUGCCGCGGUUAUGAACUUCAUUAUGAAGGAUUCACUUCGGAGAUCUUUUGAAAGCACCAAGAAAGAGCUCUUCUCCAGCCUUAAGGCAGUGAAGUCGGCGCAUCUGGAGCUGCAAAAGAAGAAUGCGUUGAACAUCCUGGAGGUGGGCGUCGGCACGGGCACCAACCUCGAGUACUACCCGGCCGGCUCGCGGCUGCUCUGCGUCGAUCCAAACGCGGCAUUCGAGAAGUACUUCCGGCGCGAGUGCGAGCAGAAGGCGGCGCAUCUGGACCCGGACAUUCAGUUUGUGACGGAACGCGGCGAAUCGAUGCCAUCAGUGGCCGACAGCUCGGUGGACGUGGUCGUCAUCACGCUCGUGCUCUGCAGCGUCUCACACCUGGACCAGAUGCUUCGCGAGAUCCUCCGCGUUCUCGUGCCGGGUGGCAAGUUCUAUUUCUUCGAGCACAUCGGAGACGAGCCGGGCACGUGGCGGCGUCGCAUUCAAAACGCGCUCUCGGACAGCGGGCUGUGGCCGCUGCUGUUCGACGGCUGUGUGCUCAACCGUGACGUCGAGCCGGUGCUGACGGCGGUUGGCUUCAGCGCCAUCGAACACCAUACUGUGCUCGUCGCCGAGAACAAGGCGCGGCCGCGCUCGUCACCCAGCGUGGUUGUCAGCCCCGUCAAUCCGAUCCUGUACGGGGUGGCCACCAAGUGACGCGUACACUGCCGACCGGGGAUUGGCUGACGCGCAGAGAGUCCCGAGGGCUGGUGCGGGCUCGGCCCGCUCGGGCGGUAGGUGCCAAUCGGUGGCGCGCCGUGGUUGGGCAAUGGGAGCGGCUGAACUGGAUUCUACUUUAUGAACAGUGUUGAUGCAGAUUCUCAUCGUGGUGGAUGAGUCCUGUAUGAUUUAAUGCACUGGUCGUGGCGUUGGAAGGAAGCGCCAUAUUUGUCUUCUAAGUUUGGUGUGUGACCACGAAGUGAACCGAUAAACUGCAUCCAGCCUCGGAACUCCUUCCAUCCUUGAGUAUGAACGAUAUGUUAACAUCAUUGCAAAGCAAAUGUGAAACCUUCUUAUGUGAUCUUGAACUGAUAUUCUAGAUUAUGUGGGUACGUUCACCGAGGUGCAACAUGGCUUUGCUUGUAUGAUGAAAAUAAAGUUGAACAAGGGGGAAGCAUAA